AUGGCUAACCUCAGCAGCGUUGCCGCCGCCUUCACCGCCGCCCAGAACGGAAACGCAACUCCCAAAGCUGUCUCCCACCGCGCUCUCUCGCCCAUGCCCGAACCGAGCCGGGCACUGUCACCUCCUGAGCGCAUUCUUCACGACAACAGAGCUUUAUCGCCUGUAACCUACCACUUACAUCCGCCUCCCGAGGACCUCGACCUCUUAAACGCCUCCGGUGACUACUCCUCCUUUUCGUCCUUAGGCAAUUCGUCGGGCGACUACAGCUACGCAAAGGAGGACAUGUUGGUCAACCAACAGAGGAGCGCGACCUCUCGCCGGCAACCUAGGAGAAACAAGGCCCUCGAAGAUGAAAUGGCCUACCGACCGGCGGAGGACGAGGGCGUUGCUUCCGACUCCUCGGGCGCGGGCGGCGAAGGCGUAGUUCGUUCUGGAGCUCUGGACGGGCGGUCUGCGACUCGAGGAAAGCGCAAGACGAAGGGAGAAGGGUACCUGGGUGAUGGCUUAGGUAUUCGACCGACCAUGACCCGGCCAACAGUCCGAAGGGGGACCCGUCGUGAGCUUGACAUCACCGAGGAAGAGCAGUCCAUCAACAUGUCUCACUCGCCAUCGGUCAUGUCACGACGCUCACAACGCCUUUCUGUUUCUCCCGCGCCAAUUAAUCACCCUUUUACCUCUCCAGGAGUCGCUUAUCAGGACCCCCAGAUGGGCCGCGCUUCCCGAGGGCCCAGCGCCGGACGAACGGCGGCGACAAAUGUGACUGGGCGGGUAGCUGGAAGCCUCGCCUACCUUGUCAAGCUCGGCUCCUCGUUCAUCCUGUUCAUCGUGAACUUGCCCAGGAACCUGAUGCGCAAGGCCCGCCGGGGAGGAAACGGCGCCCUCGCUGUUGCAGGACUUGUGCUCUGUGUUGGCUUACUGCUCGCCGCCCGAGAGCUUUCGGGCAACCUGUUCAAGUCCACAUACCGAUCGCCGGUCGCGCCCCCUUCCAACAUCGAUGAGCUCAUCGCGCGUCUCACGUCACUGGAGACCGCUCUCGCCCGCGCGUCCUCAACCGCUUCCGAAGAUCUCACAGCUGCUCAGGAGGCGCAGCGUGUGCUUAUGAAGCGCAUUCACGAGCUCGAAGCUCGACAACACCAGGAGGAUGCGAACGGAAUGGAGACCCGGGCAGGAGUAGUGGAUGUACAGGACUCUGUCAAGCAACUCAAGGUUGAGGUUAACGAGCUCCAAUCUCGAGUCAGCAAGCAUGAUCAGAAAUUCGCGAAUGUCGACUCUGAGAUCGAGGCAGUGAAGGGCAAGAUCGCCACUGUGGAGGAGGAAGUCCGUCGCCAGCUUUCCGAAGGACACCUCCGCGACAUCAUGCUCCACAUCAUGCCUGCCAAAACUCCAAUGGUCGAUGGAAACAUCCCUCCGUCAGUCUGGGCUGCUCUGAAGAAGGUGUUCGUUGGGUCCGACGCCGUUGACGAGAAGAUCCGCAAGCACCUUGCUGGCAUUCAGUCCCCGGAUUCGAAGUGGGCCCUUGAGCAUCACCAGGAGGAACUCAACAAGUGGCUGCUCAAGGCUGGUCACUCGCUUGGGUACGACAAGGCCGCCAUCAUUAACGGCAUCGAAGGUGAGGUCCACGCUCUGCAGAAGGAGCUUCAGGAGAUCCGCCGCGAUGCCCGCAAUGUCAACUCCGGAAAGCCGGUCGCACAGCCCGCUGUCACGUUCAAGUCGUCAAAGGGCGAGGACGUUACACAGGCUCUGCACGCCAUUGUCGACGCUGCCCUGCUCAAGUACUCCAAGGACAUGCUGGCAAUGGCCGACUACGCUCUUCUUAGUGCCGGAGCUCGUGUAAUUCCAGCGGGAACGUCUGAGACCCUGGUUCUGAAGCGGCCCUCCGUCGUCGGCAAGGUUCUUCGUGGCGACCGAGCCAUUACCGGCCGACCUCCGACGACUGCUCUCGAAACGGAUACAGCUGUAGGUUCUUGCUGGCCCUUCGAAGGCAGCACUGGUACGCUCGGCAUCAGCCUUGCCCGCCCUGUCAAUGUCAAGGCGGUCACUGUCGAGCAUGCCGCGAAGGAGCUGGCACUCGAUUGGGCUUCCGUCGAAGGCGAAGAGAACCAAGACAAAGUCAAACGAUGGUUUGAGCAGCGAGAGGCUGAUGGUUGGGUCGAGGAUGAGGGCGCUGCGUUCAAGGAGACGCCAGACCGCAUUCGCCUUUCCCGCUUUACUUACGACCCCAUGGGACCGUCGCCCGUCCAGACCUUCCCAGUGGUUCCCGAGAUCAUCAAGAUGGGCAUCCCUGUCUCUGAUGUUGUGUUUGCCUUCAACUCGAAUUGGGGCGGCAACCUGACGUGUAUCUAUAGGGCGACAGUGUUGGUCGUCGCUAACGAACAGGUGCGAGUGCAUGGAGAACCCGUCGCUUAA